AUGGAGCCGCCUGCGGUGACUUCAUGUAACUCUCAAAGCUCCUCCAAUGGGAUGGAAAAAGUGCGUCGUCAGGCUGCGGAUUACCUACAGAUCGAUCCUUCUAGCACGUUCAUAAACAAUGCUACUCGGAACUUUGAAGAUUUGCCGGAAAACUUCUUGGACACCAUCAGCCCCCAACAAAGUUCGCAGUCGUUAGGACAGCUGAUGAACGAUCAUGCGAACAGUCCGCAGCUUGCACCACUAGCUCCGAUGAGCAUUGGCUCGGACCAAAGCGGCCCUUACAUGAUGUCAAUAGGAAGCCAAUAUCAAGAGCAAAUUCGGCAUCCUGUGCUAGACAAGUCAAGGCUCGACAGCUUUGGUACUGGACCUGCUGGCUUGCUUUCGCCUCUCCAUUUGGACAGUCAUAGUCGUCGAUUGACGGGGAAUUCCGAAUUUCGCUCGCCAUGUGAAGAAACAGAUCCUCUUGAUGCGGCUUCCCAUCACCUGCUUAUGCAGCAACAAAUUCCAUUGACCUCCCAACAACAACAACAGCAACAGGAGUUGGAACGCAUCGCGCAGGCGGAAACACCCCCAGCUGUGAGCAACGUGGAAUUGGCUUCUACUAUGAUUGCUAGUCUGAUAGGAGAGCAGCGAACAUCUUCUCCGUCUCCACAAAACUACUCGGUGGGUGUUCCUCAAUCAGCAACGGCUAUGAUGCAACAACGAAUAGCAAAUAUAAAGCGGGACACGGAAGACUCUCUCGAGGGCCGCUCAAACGGAGAUGAUGCCGAUCUGGAGCUUCAGAGACAACAGUUUUCGCAAAAAGCGGGACGUCGUGUCUAUUCCACCAAAGACAGCAACGAUCCACUCAAUGCUGAAAUAGAUGAUGACAUUUACAUUGACACCAAAGAACUGUGCAAGAGGAUAGCUUAUGAGUUGAAGCAACAUUCCAUCCCACAGGCCAUCUUUGCAGAACGUAUUUUGUGCAGAAGCCAAGGAACAUUAUCAGAUCUACUCCGAAAUCCAAAGCCGUGGAACAAAUUGAAAUCUGGCCGCGAAACUUUCAGACGAAUGUUCAACUGGGUCCAACAGCCACUUGCCAUGCGACUGGGCAUUUUGGAUAUGUACAAGCAAGAGGGAGAUGAGCAGUCACUUGUUGUGGGUGGCAAACCGACCGCUGGAUGUGGGAUGUCUCCUCCAACGCCUGCUCAAAAUGUGCGACAUUCUUCUCGACGCAGCCUCGGUGACUCUGACCAACCUUCAAAUAAGCGUCCACGGCUUGUUUUCACGGAUAUUCAGAAGCGAACGCUACAGGCUAUUUUCAAAGAGACCCAGCGUCCGUCACGUGAGAUGCAGCAGACCAUUGCUGAGCAUUUGCGCCUUGAUCUCUCCACUGUUGCAAAUUUCUUCAUGAAUGCCCGUCGACGGAGUAGAAUUGGUCCAAAUAGUGAUGAACCACAGCCCUAUCAACAGGUACGUCCGAUUUCUCCACCUCCAGAUUCUCCUCCUCCCGCUAAUGCUGCAUCUGGUCCGAUGGGAAACGGUCCGCCUGCUCCCCAUCCGCGUAACCGACGGCAACCUGCCAGCAUGCAACAUGUGGAAGCUACCGUAAGGAGCCAAUUUCCUUCCAAAACAUAA